AUGGAGCAUCUGCAGACACUUCUGCUGCCCCUCCUGCUGGUGAUGUGCCCCUCGGCCAACACGAAGCCUUCUUGGAACCAGAGGCAGGGAAGAGGUGAAGCCAAGACACACUCCACACCCUACAUGGCCUAUCUGCAAGGAAAGAACAACCACUUCUGCGGAGGGUUCCUGGUGGCCCCGAACUGGGUGAUGACAGCAGCUCAGUGCUUUGACCACAAACCUCUGACUGUCAUCCUGGGAGCUCACACCAUCCAGAGGAGAGAGGAAAGCUGGCAAACGUUCCAAGUCAAGGAGUACCACUGCCACCCAGAAUUUACCAGUCCUAAGAAGGGAAAUGACAUCCUCUUGCUGAAGCUGAAUGGCACUGCCACCAGCAACAGCUUCGUCAGCACCAUUUCCUUUGAGAGAUCUAAAGUCCAUGGGGGCACUGUGUGCAGCAUAGCAGGCUGGAGGGACAAGGCACCUGCUGCCACCUUCCACGAGGACACUGUCACCAUCGUCAAGCGCAGGGAUUGCCUCAGCCAGUACCUUGGGCUGGCUGACAACCUGAUCUGUGGCCGCAGCAGAGCUGCUGGGAUACCUACAAAGGGUGAUGCUGGGGAUCCACUGGUCUGUAACAACAAAGCCUACGGCAUCUUCUCCUACAGACACAACAGCUUGCCUGGACUCUACACACACAUUUAUCCUUACCUUUCCUGGAUCAACAGUGUCAUGAAGUCAGCAUGA